CCCGCGCAGGCGUAGAGCGGUCUCGGCGCUGUGAGGAGGAGGCGGCGGCGGCCAUGGCGCUGAACAGGAACCACUCGGAGGGCGGCGGCGUCAUCGUUAACAACAGCGAGAACGUUUUGAUGACCUAUGAUCACAUAGAAAUUACCUUCAGUGAUAUCGAACCUAUGCCAGAUGCCUUCAAAGGGACCAAGAAAGGCAGCGUUUUCUUGACUCCCUACCGAGUUAUCUUUGUAUCGAAGGGCAAGGAUGCUAUGCAGUCUUUCAUGAUGCCCUUUUAUUUGUUGAAAGAUUGCGAGAUUAAGCAGCCUGUCUUUGGAGCAAAUUAUAUCAAGGGCACAGUGAAAGCCGAGGCUGGAGGUGGCUGGGAAGGAUCCGCCACAUUCAAGAUGACCUUUUCAGCUGGGGGUGCUAUCGAGUUCGGGCAGCGCAUGCUGCAGGUGGCAUCGCAAGUCUCCAGAGGUGAAAUACCCAAUGGAGCUUACGGCUACUCCUAUAUGCCGAAUGGAUCCUAUGCUUUCGCACCAGCUGCAGCUAAUGGGGCCUAUCCGUACCCACCACCUCCUCCUGAGUUUUAUCCUGGCCCCCCCGUGGCGGACGGAGACAUGGGUUACAUGCAGCUUCCACCCCCGCCGUACCCGGGGCCCAUGGAACCCCCCGUCAGCGGUCCGGACCUGCCCUCCACUCCCGCAGCUGAAGCGAAGGCUGCCGAAGCCGCUGCCAGCGCUUACUACAGCCCAGUCAACCCACACAACGUCUAUAUGCCCACGGACCAGCCCCCCCCUCCUCCAUACUUCCCACCAGAGGACAAGAAAAACCAAUAAGCUAACAGAGAACUUCUCCACAACUCACUGCUUUCUUACUUCCCAUUUUGGCAGAAUCCUGGGCAUGGUCCAUAGCACCGAGGAGUAGAGCCUUCCCCCAAGGCCCGUAGCUUUCAUGGACUCUAGUGGUAGAUAGGUGCAGAGCAAGGGGAGAGGUUUCAGCAGCCUGGGUUACCUCGCAGAGCUCUGCGGG